AUGAGCGAAAACGGCGGCGACGAGUUUGAUGCCCGUCUCACGAAACUCAGAAGGGACAUCCAGGACUUUGUAGAGGACAACAAGCUGGACGAUAGGGUCGCCCGGAUAAUGCAGAACAUGCAUCCCAUCGAUGUACAAAAGGUCAUGAAGAUCUCCUUCCCAGACGAUUGCAGAUCGCCAAGCGGCUUCGUCGUCGCUCAGAUCCGGAAGGCAGAGUCCGAAGCUGGGAGGCCGAAGGAUUACCGCUGGGACGGCCGCUCCUUCAGCGAACAGUCCAGAGAUCGAGGGCGACGGGACGGUGGCAAGCGCACGAACCGCCAGGAGCGCCGGCAUGGACGGCGCGAGUCGCGGUCUCGCUCGCGUCGGAGGCGGCCUCGGCGCCGGGAUGACUCUUAUAGCUACGACUACUACUCGCCUUCGCCGCCGCGGCGACAUCGGCGUCGACGACGCUGA